AUGUUAUCUUUCCAGGAGGGCAUCGCCAUAACACAGAAAUCCUCUCAUGAGUAUGGCGCAUACUUCCACGAUAAUUGGUGCAUCGGCUCAGUCCCGCACGGCGGAUACAUCACAUCGUGUUUUCUACAAGUCGCAAAGACACACUUCUCAAAGACACUGUCCAGCCAGAACCAGCCGCAUACGAUAACACUGCACGUCGAGUUCGUGAGGAGGACCGAGGUCGGCCCCGCAACGUUCAAGGUCCGCGACGUCAAGGUCGGUCGGCUCACCUCGACGGUCCACAUCUCGCUCUUCCAGAACGGGCGCGAGGAGGUCAUAGGGUACCUGACGAACUCGAACAUCCCCAGGGCAGAAGGGCCCUCCUACGACACGCGGUGGCGCCUCGAGCCGGCCCCUCGGCCGCUCGGCAGCACCGCCGCGCUGGAGGCCGGGUCUGACGUCGAAUGGAAGGAGCAGAAGUCGAUGCCCUUCUCUGACUUCAGGAAGGCAUCGCAGAAUAUCCGCUUCUUCUUCCCCGCGCACGGGCAGCCGGCCCCAGGCAUCGCCGACCAGUGGAUGGCCUUCCGCAACGGGGAGCGCUUCACCAACGCCAGCCUCGGCAUGGUGGCCGAUAUGUUCCCGCAAAUCCCCGAGUCGUUCAGGGCGCGCUCCGACCCCUAUGCCGUCGGAGGUGCAGACUCGGCGGCGGCGGCGGCGGCGAAGGAGAAGAGCGCGGCAAAGUUCUGGUACCCGACCCUGCUGCUCAACCUGGACGUCAAGAAGGCGCUGCCGGAGGAGGGCGUUGAUUGGCUGUUUGUCAGGACGAGGGCCAAGCAGAUCCGGAAUGGUCGCUAUGAUCUUGAGGUGGUCGUCUUGGACGAGGUUGGUGAUAUUGUGGCCCUUAGCCACCAUGUGUGUAUGAUCCUGCCGGCAGCGCGGAACCUCGCAGCACGGAAUGGGGCGAGCAAGGAGGCGAAAUUAUGA